AUGAUUCUAUCAACUCUGAAGCUCUGGACAUGUCUGCUUUCUCUUACAACGAGCGCAUUCGCAUCCCAUGGCCAUGGCCACGGCCACAGCCACGGCCACGCUUCACACAUCUCGCGCCGGGAAAUCUCAUCUGAGCUCUUCGAAAAGUUCAAGCUGUUCGCCCAACUCGCCACUAUCACCAAUUGCGAUCAAAAUAUCAAUCGCACUGGAUACCCACUCACCUGCGAUCAGGGACCAUGCGAUCUUGUCCAGGCUGACGAUACUGAAAUCGUCAACACAUACCACCAUAAGACAGGAGGAACAGGCUACAUUGCCCUGGAUCACACUCGCAAAUUGAUCAUCGUCACCUUCCGUGGAACCAUCACCUUCCCAGACUUAUACCAAGACUUCCGAAUCCCCAUCCUCACACCUGUGCCAGAACUGUGCGAUGGAUGUUCCGCGCAUCCUGGAUUCUGGGAAUAUUGGCUCAGCGCAAAGGACCAGAUCAUCGAGGAGCUACGCGCAUACACAAAACAGAACCCUGACUACCGUGUCUCGGUGACUGGGUACAGUCUUGGUGCUGGAGUUGCUACUGUUGCGGGUGUUGCGCUUCGCGUGGAGGGAAUCCCCUGUGACAUUUGGACUUUUGGAGCAGCAAAGCCUGGAAAUAAGAAGCUGGCUGAGUUCAUUACUGACCAGCAAAAGCCUGUCAGUAUCUACCGUGCUACCCAUGCCAAAGACCUCAUUCCUGCAAUUCCAUUCACUACCAUUGGGUUCGAUUAUACUCAGCCUUCUCCUGAGUUCUGGAUUGAUCAGCCAAGUGGUGAGGUCGUUACCCCUGAUGUUGUGAAGUAUAUCGAGGGUAUCAACAACCAGACAGGCAAUCUUGGUCAGCAUGGUAGGUCAAUUGGCGCAGAGCACGAGUGGUACUUUGGAAACAUGACCGUCUGCGGUCCAUCCGCUGAUCUCUACGCACUGUUCUGA